AUGUGCAUUGAUUGAGCAGCACUGAUGGGCACUGAUAGGCAGCACUGAUGAGCAGAUACACAGCAGCCAGUCCUACACAGGGGCCGACUGACAACUCAUGGGGCCCCCGGGCAAUAGGGGAUCAUGGGGCCCCUGUGUCCUUGCCCAAACUCAAAAAAGCCUAUAAAAAAGGUACCAAGGGCAUCUCAUGGGGCCCCCUACUGACCCCGGGCCCUCGGGCAGUGCCAGAGUUUCCAAAUGGUCAGUCCGCCCCUGGUCCUACAGUUCAGUAAAUAAG